AAGGAUUGUAAUGCCUAAUGGUUUGUUUGAUUUCGAACAGCCACCACAACGUGAACUUGUGAAAUAAUUCCCAAUGGAGGUGGAAGUGACACCAUGGACGAUUUUUGUGGGCCUUUGGGUCUACUUCGUCGUUAUGGUCUUCAUUCCCGCCUGCUUUGGGAUUGGUAUGGGUGGUCGUAAGAUUUACAUCUCAGUUCUCUCUCGUUUGUUCGAGUUUGGCAGAUCAGGCACUACAACUGCCGGCUAUAAGUCUCCUUUGGCGACACCAACCACUGAAAAAGAUUUGAACUUUCCACCCACCACUCUUCAGCGUCGCGACAGCACAACACUGGUGCGCAACAGGUCGUUCAACUCAUUCCGACGACAGUUCCACCUCGUUGAUGUCUGCGAGUUUGCGAGCAAUGCUGUGGAGUCAAUCAUCGAUGAUGAAGUCACCAAGGGCUUUUCCGCUGAGCAGGUGGCUAACUGGAAUUUACUUUGGAGAACAAAGGGCUAUCACUUUAUCAGCUGGCGACUGACCUGUGUCUAUUUGCUUGGAGUGGUUGUACGCUAUUUCAUCUUGCUGCCCAUGAGGCUGAUAUGCAUCUCUGCGUCGCUCACCUGGCUGGUUCUGGUCAUGUUCGUGUUCUCCGUGUUGCCACAGUUCAGAUAUCGGAGAGCGAUUGAGAAUUGGUCAACGACAGUAGCUCACCGCCUCUUCUGCCGUGGCCUAACAGCUGAGAUUAGAUACCAUGACAAGCAGAAUGCAGCUCUUCCUGGCGGUGUGUGUGUAGCAAAUCACACAUCUCCCAUCGACGUCGUGGUCUUGUCAUCUGAAGUUCCCUAUUCACUUGUUGGCCAGCGACAUGGUGGUGCUAUGGGCAUGCUGCAGAAUGCGCUCUGCAUGGCACAGAACCAUGUCUGGUUUGAGCGCUCGCUGGUCAAUGAUCGUGCAGCAGUGGGAAAGAGAUUACGUGAUCACUUGUCUGACAAGAGAAACAACCCGAUUCUCAUCUUCCCAGAAGGAACAUGCAUCAACAACACCAAAGUGUACCAAUUCAAGAAAGGCAGUUUUGAGCUCAAUGCUCCCAUCUAUCCGGUAGCCAUCAAGUAUGAUCCGCAGUUUGCAGAUGCUUUUUGGAACUCGUCCAAGGAGGGUAUCGAGACCUACCUGUUUCGCUUGCUGACCAGCUGGGCUCUUGUAGCUGAUGUGUGGUAUCUCGACCCAACCGAAAUCAGGGAGAACGAGAGCGGCGCUGACUUCUCGUUGCGGGUGAAACGCAACAUUUGUCAGAAGGGAGGUCUCGUGGAAAUUGGCUAUGAUGGAAUGAUCAAGAGAGAAAUGCGCAAGGACAUGAUCGAUCAAGCCAAGGACAGCAUAUCAAAAACGUAUCGCACACGCAUCCUAGGACCGCAUAAGUAACUCGUGCCCUUGCCCAUUCCCGUCCCGGUUUUUCCUUUCCUCCCGCAUACCAGAACAAUAUGUUAGCACGCUCGUUCUCGUCCUUGUUUUCCUUCCCUCCUUCAUACCUGAAAGAUCUAUUUUCGUAUCAUCAAGUUGAUCUUUGAUCUCCGCCGCCGUGUAUCUAUUCGCUACUUAGAAAUGGCCAUUUCGGCACAGCACGUGCACACGUGCUGCAAUCAUGAUUAUUUUAUUAUUUUUCUGCUUGGCUGGCCAACCAAAAAUAAACACUGCUAUUAACUCUGUAUCCUGAUAUAAUAUUUUUUUCUCAUGGUUCGUGGAUCGUCCCAGCCGCUUAUUUUCAAUGCACUGCACAGAAAUAACAAUGUUUGUAGUAGCUACAAUGUAGUUGGCACUCGGAGCCUUAUAGUAAGAGUGAGCGGAGCUUCGUAACUACAUUGCUGCUCAAUGAAAUCCAGUCGAGUAACUCGGGUGUUCAAUGUUGCAAGGCGGAAACUGUUCUCACCUCACCGGAUUUCAUUGAGCUACGCUAAAACCCUGCACUAAUGCUAGCCAUUCACGGCUCAUUUCACGUUCACACACUUCUUCUGAAAUUAAUAAAACUCACUACUGCAUUGCGUUUAUUAUAACGGUUCAAUCUCUCUUCUCA